AGGAAUCCGGAUAUGAUGAAAAUGUUUCUGACUCCUGUGUCCGCAGUGAGCUGCUGAGCGUCGAAGGAGCGUCGAGGAUUGUUAUUGUUGUGAUUAUUGAUCGGUAUCGGCGCGUCGACGACAUCUGAACCCGGACCUGAGGACGGCCACGCGCUGCGCCAAGUAAAGUUUGGGAAAACUUUUCUGGACUUUGUCUCGAGCCGUGAACGUCUCGCCGCAGGAGGAAGGAUGGGAACGAGUCACGUCUGAAGCGAGGGAGUUGACAUGUUUGAAAGCGCUGAGGGCUGAGGAAAGGGAGGAACCUCUUCUUGCUGCGUGUGUGUUCCCGUAAAAGACGCCUGUCUCAUGUCCAAGGAGACCGUCCUUCCUCCGGAUGGGCCGGCAGGGCCUGCGAAGAGCCCCGGCCAAGAGACGAGGCCGCUGCUGUCACCCUCACACGAUGCUUGUGACACCGAAUCAUCAGGAAGAACGCCGUCUCCCAGGAAACCAGCAUCUGAAGGACGAAGUCACGUGACCGCGGAGAAGCCUAAUUAUUGCGAGCCUGUAAGAACUCAGCCCAAGCCUGGACCGGAUUCCAAGCCGGUCCCUUCAGAGCCUGCCGAAGGAAACGCCACCAAGGACCAAAAUGGCUUUCGCCACAGCAACGCUGGCACGACCGCGCUGAGUAACGGCAACGGAAUCCACCCGGGCAUCGGGGCCGAGGCCAGGCGCACGUGCUCCUGCGGCGCCAGCAUUGGCGGAAGCGCGGCGCGCGGCGGGCCAGGCGCCGGCUCGAAAGCGGCGGUCAGCGCGCCGGCGACGGAGCAGCCCAGGAAGCAGCCGUCCACGCCCGUGUCGCAGCGGGUGCAGAGGAAGCUGAGGUCCAGCUUGUCCGUCAACAGCGACAGCAGCCGACGCAGCAAAGGCAGUUCGACCGGCUCACAGAAGCCUCCGCUACCAGAAGACUGCUGCGUCCACUGCAUCCUGGCCUGCCUUUUCUGCGAGUUCCUGACGCUCUGCAACAUGGUGGUGGCCCAGGCCUCGUGCGGCGCGUGCACGUCGGAGGCCUGCUGCUGCUGCUGCUGCGCCGACGACCUGGGCGACGACUGCAACUGCCCGUGCGACAUGGACUGCGGCAUCAUGGACGCCUGCUGCGAAUCCUCGGAUUGCCUGGAAAUCUGCAUGGAGUGCUGCGGCAUAUGCUUCCCCACAUAGGUGGGAAACCUGCGUUUGGACCGGGGUGUCUCUGCAGGAGACCAGCGGACCCUGGAUGAAAAUAUAGAAGGAAACUGCUGCUGCUGUCGUCACUUUGAAUUCAGCAACAGACAGAAAAAUAUGUGUCUGUGCGUGGCGUAUGUGUUCGCAAAGGUCUAUUUUUUUUUUCUCUCUCUCUUGUGAAGCAGCAUGGUGCGAUCGUGUAACGCAUGCUUUGAAAGAUGUAUUUUGACACUGGGCUUCUCCAUCAGAAUCAGCUCAGCAGGAGCCUUUAGGUAACUCCAGAUAUGCAAACCUGUCAGUUUAGUCUUCAGUUCAUUGUAAAUAUUGUAUCCCAUGAGGGAAAAUAUUAUAAUAGACUGUCUUUAAAGUUCGUUACAUCAGGAAUGCUGUCUAUUUCACCCUUUAGAUGCAUUAGUGACCAACAUGUUAAAUACCACACGUGCACAUUCCACUCAAUCACUGCUUUUAUCCGGGUUUCGUUUUCCAGCAUGUUUCUUCCAUGCUCCAGAUCUGACGUUGCAGUCUUCAUACUGUACAACACUGUAAAAGGGUUAUGUGAUGAUUCAUACAUUUCUGAUCUUAUACUGUUUUGCGAAACUUCCAUUCAGACAUAUCUACUGUAGCACUGCAAAACUGGUGAAAUUAUUGAAGUUGAAUCACGUCUGCUCUCUGACACAGAAAGUAAGAGGAAGUUGGAAGUUUUCUUUGUAGGAUUCAUAAUAAAAUUCCAAUUAUCACAGGAAAUAAUUGCACAAAAUCACUGAGAUGCAUUUAAGUGUUUGGGGGGAAAAAUAGCUUUAAGUGAACCAGUGUUCUCAAGCGUUCUCAUCUCAAGCGUUUGAUUUGCUGGUGUUUGAAGCCUCGGGUUUACUGGAAAUGCAGUGAAAGCGCUCACGGUUUGUGACCAGCUGGCUGUAUGGAAUUCCACAUAGAUAUAAACAAUUUGCACAGCUUAUGUCCUAUAUUUUCAUGAGAGUUUUGCGUAUCGUGGAAGUGUGACUGGUUGAACUGCGCUCUGUUCACCCGGGCUGCGAUGAUAAGGAAUUAGAAAAAAGAAAAAAAGGAAAAACACAAGAUGACCCUUGUUGCCAUAUAAGCGGCUUUUGGGUAUCAAGCCCACUGACUCACAAUUUAAAAAUAAAAAAAAAAAGGAAUCAUGAGCUGUCAUGUAGAAAUGGUAAACCAAUGUAGGGUAAAGGCAGUUUUCCUUCCCUUUUUUUUUUUUUUCCAGUUCUUUAAUUCAGUGCAUCGCUACGAGAGGAGUUUGUGGUGAAUCACCAGCGAGAGUCACUUGCUUGUCUCGGAGAUCCGCUUUGAUGCUGUUUAAGAGACGAUACUUAACGCUGGCCCUCAUUAGCACUGCUUACUAAAUGGCAACACAAAAAAAAAAAAGCCCCCUUCCUAAAGCCGUCAGAGAUAAUGUGCCGUCGUGCACAGCACAUCUUAAUAGAGCACUGUUCAGUGCAGAAGAAGGUUGGAUAAUAUGCAAAAAAAAAAAAAAAAAAAGAAACCUCAUUCUCACGUUUCUGAUUAAUU